CUGCCUCGGUGAGGUGUUUCCAGAUCCGGGUCACUCGUUUAUUUCCGCUCAUAUGUUUGAGGGGAGACUGGAGGGGUUUGCGUGAAAAAAAGGAACGUUUGACAUUUUCUUUCCGCCGUCUCUAUUGCGCAGAGCCGCCUAAGAGCUGAACUGGCGUGAUUCCAUGUCACCGGAGUAGAGCAGCUGAUUCUACCCGUCAAAGCGAUGGUCUCUUCUGUUGAGUCACCGCGCUAGGCGCCCCGUUCCCGGCUGCUUUACUAAGCAUCCCUUUUUGCUCCUUUUCGGCCACCUGGCUUUUCUUUCGGAUUCGGGGCUUCGGUCGCAGGCAGAAACUCCACAGGGGAGAGAGUGCAGUGGAUUGUUCUCUUAACAAUGUUGGAGAAUGAGGAAAAUCUCGGGGCAGCUUUCAAAAAAUUAAGAGUUGAUUCAGAACGAUCCACUGCUUCUCUCCCUGUGAGUGAGGGGGCAUCUCCACAAACAUUGGUAGAAAGUACAGAUGAAUCCAAAGUAAAUAUGACAUUUGGAUCUAAAGAAAGUUGGCACUGGUGUUUGAGGAAACCUUUGAGAGGAACAAUUCGAACCCAACGUUGCCGGCGAUCAAAGUCUCCAGUACUCCAUCCUCCUAAAUUCAUCCACUGCACUAAACAAAUGCCUUCCUGUAGCCAAUCCAUGCACAAGAACCUAACAGAUGCUUUUCAAAGCAACAAAGAUUUGGAUGUGUCAAAGAAAUUUUCUGAAAAUGAACUGGGCAGUCAUCCUCUAGAAUUUGGCAAGAAAGAAUCAGUUGCCAAAAAUUCUGAGGCAUCCAUGAUAGGAAUACCAAAGAAUAUUUCUGAAAAUAUUGGUAGUGUUCUUCCCACAGAAAUUCUAAAGGUCUCAGAUCUUUCUGAUUUUCAAUCUGUAUCUGAACAAAAUCAAGGGAAUUUUUGUGCAUGUGUAAAGAAUGAAUGCCAGUGUAAGCAAUGGCAAAACCUGAAUGUGUACAUGUUUUCUGACAUACAGAACUCCCUCCAGUGUGUAUCUGAAAGAGCAGCACAUGUGCAAAACAAUCCACAGCUCACAUCAAGAAUUUCCUCCAGUUCUCUCAAAUCUUGCUCUGAGCAAGCUAGAGCUCCUGUAGAUGAUGUGACCAUUGAAGACCUUUCAGGUUAUAUGGAAUACUUCCUGCAUAUCCCUAAGGAAAUGUCCCACAUGGCAGAAAUGAUGUAUACCUGACCCUAGCCAAAAAAGGGCAUUGAUAUCUGCCCUGAAUCAUGCUCCAUCUCAGAAGCAGUUUGCUCUCUGUGCUUAUAAUAAAACCACUGUGCAUUUCAGGCAGACUUCUUGUUUUUAAUAGAUCAACAAUUGAAAUAAAUCCUAAAUCAGAGGACUACAAAUAGCAAGCCUAGGAAAUUAUGACAUUUUUGUAGAUACUGUAUAGCCACAAUUGGCUGUUUGGAUUAACUGGCUAACAUUUUUUACAGACAGCGAACUAUAAAACAAUCUAGAGAGAAUUCAAGCACUUUCCUCAUCUGAGGCUAAGUACUGUAUAUUGUUAUAUUGAUUGUAUAUGUAACUAUGUCUAUGCAUUAUGUGUGUAAUUGCACGCAAGCACAUAUUUUAAAUUAUCAAAAGCAUAGCACUGAGUAUUUCAAUUUGACUUUUGUUGCUAAUGCACAAGUCUUUUCCUGAAAUCUGUUGAAUACAUUAUCUAAAAUUGUGGAAGUCAGUCAUGUUUUUCUUCUCUGUAUUACUUUAAAUACUACCUAAAUUCCAUGUUUGUGCAAUUUCUAAAGGAUCAAGCACUUCCAAAGCAUCAAGAUUUGGGUUUUGUGGUUAAUGAACAAUGGGGAGAUACUAAUAUUCAAUCACAUAUGUGGCCAUUAGAUGUCAGCUUUGCUCCAUAUCAGAGUAGCACAAUUUUUACUACAUUUCAUACUUACGCAGAGACACUUCUGUUCAUUCUGCUUGCAAUUUAUAUCUAAAAUAUGACUCUAAAACCAAUUUCUAUACUUAUUUCUGUGACAGCGCUAGAGACAAAUAAUAUGCUUAAACUAUAUGGAUUAUGUGUGAAAGAAACCAAUGUGUUUGGCAAACUUACAAUAAGAAAACUACUUUAAAGGCACAGUCACAUGCAUGGAGUCUUUGGUUGUUAAUCUUCUACUUCAAAUUCACAAAUAUGUCUAUAGCUUAAAAUCAGAAAUUAAUUCAAAGGUGAAAGAAUUCAGUUCUACCUUAAUAUAACUAGCCUUGUGGAAGCCAACCUUAAAAGCAUUAUGUCACAUAAGUACAGGUAGUCCUUGAUUUAUGAUCACAAUUGAGUCCAACAUUUAUAUUGCUAAGCGAUAUAUUUGUUAAGUGAGUUUUGCCCCAUUUUACAACCUUUCUUGCCACAUUUGUGAAGUGAAUCACUGCAGUUGUUAAAUUACCUGUACAAUUAGCACAGGGGGCCCCCCCCAAGGCUGUGUGCUGUCCCCACUUCUCUUCUCUCUGUAUACCAAUGACUGCAUCUCCAAUGAUCCAUCAGUUAAGCUACUGAAGUUCGCAGAUGACACAACAGUGAUUGGUCUCAUUCGAGACAAUGACGAAUCCGCAUAUAGACGAGAGGUCAAAUGACUAGCCUUGUGGUGCAACCAAAACAAUCUGGAACUGAACACACUCAAAACCGUAGAAAUGGUGGUAGACUUUAGGAAAAACCCUUCCAUACUUCCACCUCUCACAAUACUUGACAACACAGUAUCAACAGUAGAAACCUUCAAAUUUCUGGGUUCUAUCAUAUCGCAAGAUCUCAAAUGGACAGCUAACAUCAAAAACAUCAUUAAAAAAGGACAACAAAGAAUGUUCUUUCUGCGCCAACUCAGUAAGCUCAAACUGCCCAAGGAGCUGCUGAUCCAAUUCUACAGAGGAAUUAUUGAGUCUGUCAUUUGCACCUCUAUAACUGUCUGGUUCGGUUCUGCAACCCAACAAGAAAAACACAGACUUCAGAGGAUAAUUAGAACUG